GCCAUCUCUCCAGCCCCAGAGAUGUUGUUUUGAUGUUAUAAUUACUCUAAGCCAAAUAGCAUUUUACCUGUAAGAUUGAACUGUAGUAGAGUUUUACAGAUUUUAGAGGAGUAUUGGCUAGGAAAUAAGAAUGAAUUAAAAGUUGAUAUUGAACCAAUGUGUAAUACUGCUAUCAUUUCUCAGAUACAAACUAGGACCUAAAGAAUUUAGAGCUAGGUAUUUAGUAGUGCACACUUGCAUACCAGCAUCCAGAAGGCUGAGGCAGGAAGAUCUUAAAGUUAUCCUUGGCUACACUGUGUGUGUGUGUGUGGUUUACAGUUCAGCUUUAGAUACCAGGAGCACUUAGAGGACUCAGCAUGUAGUUGAGCUCAUAGCUGUGAUCUAGGGCAGCGAAAGAGUACUGAGCAAAAUCAACAGAAAACAGUUUUCAGGACAAAGUCUGGGGAAAUUAGGUACAGGCUUCCAUAGUUUUCUCUCAGCGGAGGCAUGCAAGAUGGGUAUUACUCCACUGGCAAAGAAAGUGGAGCAAUGCAUGAAAGUUACCAACCAGGAAAACUUACUGGAGUCUUACUACCUAGCGCUUUUUGUUGAGCAUGUAUCAAAAUUUCAUACUCCUUGUAGGUAAGCAGGUAUUUCUAGAGUCAGUGAGGUGCAACAAACCAUUCUUACUGAUAAUGUCAGGGAGGGUAGGGGCCUACCUAAAAUCCAAGUUCAAGGCAUCAGCCAAGGGCUAGCUUUGUAGACAAGCCUUCAUAAUGACAGGCAGUUAGGUCUUUGAUAUCUAUCUUUUUGGCAAUGUGUGAUUUGUAUGUAUUUGAUAUUUAGUUUAUAGUGUGUGCUCAUUAACUGUUGCAUAUUUUUAUUGUAAAACUUUCAUUUUGUAUUUUUGACCUAACUCAGGUUGAUUUUGAAUUCAGUAUGUAAUCUGGGCUGAACUGGAAUUCACAAUGAUCCUUCUUCAGUUUCUUGAAAGCUAGGGUUACAAGUAUAUGCCACACACGAGGCCUAUUGUAAGGAUUCUUCAUUGACUGCUAGCAUUAAUACUACUGUUUUCCUAUGAGGUAGAUUAGUUUUUUGUUUUUUGUUUUUUUUUUUUUUAAAGCAUUAUACUUGGGGGAUGGGGAUGGUCCCUGCAGGCUUUACAGCUGGCAGGGAAAUAAUCCCAGUGAGGGAAGAAUGAAACUCAGUUCAGCCCAAUUUAGGUAACUAGUACUGGGCCAAACUUUGAUAGUCUGAGUUGGUUUAUUUUAGCCAAAUUUUAGCACAGCACGAUUCUGGAAAAAGUUUUUUUGAUAACAAUUAACUCAGUCCCAUGAGUAUAGCAGAGCUUAAGACAUGUUUACAUUGAAAUUCUUUACAAAGCACAUCUAUCUUCUUUCACAAAUGUGGGUACUGUUGACUCAGAAAUAGUGCCCAGGAUUUAGAGUCUAGGGAAAAUGACUAUAGGAAACAUAAUGCUUGUGGUGUCUGGAUUGCCUUGGCCCUAAGAUGACAUAGAAGUUUCUUAGACUGUUUCAAAGCACAAGUGGCAUCACUCCUUAGAAUGGGUUUUAUGACCUAGAAGCAAUGCUCAAGAUUUAGGUAGAAAGGUCUGGGAUAAGCAAAACAUACAUUCUAGGGGAAUACGGUAGGGCCUGCCUCAAUAAAUAGCAAGGGAUCACCAGGGUUGUAAGCUACAUUCUUUCCCAGCAUUCCAGGAGGACAGGUAAAAUCUUCCUUUGAAGAAACAAGUCUGCAUGUUUCACUUUUCCUGGCUUCUUCAAGGCUUCUCUGUGUACACAAGGACUUCUUGCACUCUACAAUACUUCUAAAAAAUAUUGAUGUGAUUGUUAUUAUUGAUGUAGAGUCUUAUUAUGUAGCCCAGGCUGGCCUCAGACCCAAGUUCUUCCUGUCUUACCCUUUGGUAUUGAGAUUACAGGCAUGGGCCAUGGGCCAUCAUUCUUAGUUAGCAUUUUGCAUUUUUAAAUUAUUCUAACCCAGUAUUAAGAUGAUUUAUGUCACUUCUAAUGUUAGUGGGUAUAUGAUGGCACCUACUCUUGUCAUUUGAUUUCAAACAAGUUAGGAAUAUAGUAAGAUGUGAUAGAUCAUAGUAAUUGUGGUCUAAUUGCAUGUGAGAUAGGUUGGCCAGUAUUUUGAUUCAUACUUAGUAGAUAAGGAAACUGAGGCAAAGAGAAGCUUUAACAUUUCUGAAUACUUUCACUUCAAGUGCCUAAACCUGAUAUUAUGAACAUGUCUGCAGGGUUUGUGAUGCCAGAUGCUGACUUCCUGUUUAGCCUUACAUGAAUUUCUUAAUAAAUGUUCCAAAGUGAACUUAGUCUUUUGUGGAAUAUGCAUAUAAAAACAGCUAGGUUAGGUCUGUGUUUCUUAUAAGUUUAACUUGCUAAUAAAACCAAGUUUAUAGGGUAAAGAACAUGGUACCAUUAAUAUCAGUUAUAAUCCUGUAUUUAAUAAAUUGUGCUGUAUUCCACUGUCUGAAAUAAUUUACAAAAAGUUUUCGCUCUCCUUAUACUCAUUUGAUCCUUAUAGCUUAAAGUGAAUGAUGUCAUUAAUUAGAAUUGUAUUUACUAUUAUUCUGAUUUUAUAGAAGAGGAAAUUGAGCUUGACUUAUCUGGGGCUUAUUUCUUGUCUAGGGUCAAGUUUUAAGUUUUAGAUUAUUUACAAGAUGAGGAUAUUAAGCUCUCAAUACUUGAAAGUUUUAUUCACUUUUGAAAUUAGUGUAUACUAGUUAUGCAAAACAGUAGAAUUCAUUGUGUGAUAAAUAACCAGCAAGAACUGUUUUAGACAGAAAAUUUCCUAAUGGUAAAGUUGUCGUUUUUUUUCCCCCAAGCUAUCACUAAAGUAUUUUUAUUCUCUUGUGUUGGAUAGUAGUCUUAUUUAUAGGCCUGGAUGAGAUUAUGUUCUUUAUGUUCUUCUCAAAAUACUUAGAACUUUAAAAAGUGAAUCCGAGAAGAUUGUUUUGGUUUGUGCCAGAAGGAACUGUGAUAGCAUUGUGUCUUGGUCUCAAGGUUGUCCAAAUAUGAUACAAAAUGCAGAAGCCAUAAAAGAACAAAUUGAACCUAGGCAUGGCAUGCAUGCCUUUAAUUGCAAUCCUAACACUUGGGAGUCUGAGGCAGGUGUAUCUCUGAGUUCCAGUCAAAGAGCCUGUCUUAACAAAAAAGAAAGAACAAUUUGAAUAAUGUAUUACAUAAGAAUAUCUUCCAUAAGCAAAAUCCACAUAAAUGAUAGAUAGGAAAAGUAUUGUUCUUCACAUGGUGUGACUUACAUAGAGGGACUUUAACAAAUGAAGAAGAUGAGCUUAAGUAAGCAAUAAAGGGAACCGAUCUCAGGAAAGGUAAACUACUCUUAACUCUGUGGAAAGUCCUCAGUUUUACUCAUGUAAUGUCAUUGUUGCUUCUUAGAUUGACAAAGCUGAAGUUUGAACACUUGAGGUGUGCUGAACUGAUGGCAAUUUCAUGCUGUGCUAGUGGGACCAUAACCCAGUGUAGUCUUAGGAAGAGUUUAUAUUCAGAGCACCAAUCAAAUUAAGCAAGCCCGGAGAACUUUGUGAGGAAUAUGAAUGCCUAAGAAAGCUGAGAGAAGAGAAGUUACAAGAAGAAAAAACUUGUGAAGAUCAGACCCACAAGACACGGCAGGAGGAUUCAGAAAUGGGGAAAAGGAAAACAGAUGAACAGAAAAAAAGAGAUGAGCCAGUAGUGUUGAGAACAAGUCUGGAGCAGUGUCCUGCACGUCUCUCAGAUUCAGAGAAUGAAGAACCCUCUCGGGGCCAAAUGAUACAGACACAUCGCUCAGCCUUUGUUUCCAAGAACAGCUCCUACUCCUUAGCUUUCCUCUCAGGGAAGCUUAACACCAAGGUGCAGAGGAGUCAGAGCUGCAGUGACACAGUUCAGGAUAGAGUGAAGAGCAGGCUCAGAACAGCUCCACCCAACAGAGCCAAGGUCACAACUAUAACUCCAGGCUCUACCCCCAUUAUUGGUGUUCUCUUGUCCACUCAAAACAACCGCUGCCUCUCAGCCCCUGACUUAACCAUAGAAAAGCGCCUGCCCUUCAGCUCCCUUUCAUCCUUGGCUUCCUUACACAAGCCAGAGCGCUCUAUCAGCCCUGAAAGCAACGACAGUAUUUCCGAAGAACUAAACCACUUCAAGCCCAUUGUCUGCUCACCAUGCACCCCUCCCAAGAGACUCCCCGAUGGCCGAGUGCUAAGCCCUCUCAUUAUCAAGUCAACACCUCGAAACCUGACCAGAAGCCUGCAGAAGCAGACUUCCUAUGAGGCUAGUCCACGGAUCCUCAAGAAGUGGGAGCAGAUCUUUCAGGAGCGGCAGUUCAAGAAGACCCUUUCCAAGGCCACUCUCACAUCCCUGGCCCCUGAAGGAGGGGAAGAGUUACCAGGCUCUGAAGCUAUCCAUUCCAGCAAGGAGAGGCCGCCUCUGACUUUAAGUACAAGACUGGCCAGGGCCCAAGUGCUCUCAGAGUGUGCUGAGCCCACCUCCACUGCCCUUGAGUAUUUCCCUGCUGUUAACCAGACAAAAGGAGAACAGGACUAUGUUAGAAAAAGGAGCCAAGAGGGCCCACUGGAAGCCUGCCAUUUCUCAGAGCACAGAGGAGUAGUCAGUGGGCCUUCUUUGGGAGGGGAGCAGUUUGAGGAGUCAAGGUCCACCCUGGAUGCCACAUUAGACAAAACUUGUAUAAGCACAGUCAUGAAGACCUCAGCAGUUAAUUCAGUGAUACCCAAAAAUGAUGUUUUGGGUGGGGUUCUCAAAACAAAGAAACAGCUAAAGACACUCAGUCAUUUUGAUCUGGCUAAUGGCAUUCUGGUUGACGGCUUAGGAGAGGAGCCAAUUCCUUCCCUGCGUAGGGGCCGGAAAAGGCGCUGUAAGACCAAGCACUUAGAACAAAAUGGUGUUAAGAAACUGCGACCACCCAGCAGUGACUUGGGCCUGGCCUCCAAAGACCCAGGGCUGCGUGAGGUGGGGCGGAAAUGGCAGCAGGAGGAAGAGGUCCAGCCGAUGGCUCUGCAGUCACAGCGCAUAUUUGACAGUGAGAGGCGAACUGUGAACCGUCGGAAAGGAAACGUGGAUCAGUAUCUCUUACGGUCCAGCAGCCUGGCUGGGGCCAAGUAGCACUGACUGUACAAUGUAAUGUUACCUGCUUUUCAGAGGUCCUUGACCUCGGUCAUUUAUCCAAAAGAGCUAGCUGAUUGUUAUUGCUUUGAGUUUCUUUCAAUGGCAAAACACUGUCUGGUAUGGGGCGUUGGUAAUCAAAGCCAAGGGUCUGCAUCUUUGGCUCUCUAGGACCUGGGCCAUACUCCUCACCCACUGAGUGAGCCAACUCUGAAGGCUUCUGGGCCCAAAUCUAGAGGGACCCACUUGGAAUGAGAUUGGGAAUGGCCAUGAACAUGAUGGCCAGAGUUAGAGAUGGCAGGGAGAGGGUCCCUUCUUACACUCCUAAGAGUCCUGGCUUCUCACAACAGAGUAGUGUUUAACUCAGCCUUGCAGAUAAACAUCUACUCUUCAGAGACAAGUAGUGCAGUGCUUUGGAAGGUCCGAGAUAAAUAGGUGAUCGAUCAUGUUUGUCUUUGUUUCCCCUUUGCCACUAAUACCUACACACCUAAAUCAGUUGAGCUUGGAACUUUUUGAAUCAGUUUGCUUCUCCAGAAGUUAAUUACAUUCUCUGUUUAAACUAUGACAUUUGAUUAAUGCUGUGUGAUUGACACCUGGUCUUCUUGAGACCUAACUUGUAAGUGGUGUCAGCUGGUUGAUGAAGCUGCAGUGCAGACGAUCAGGUUCUCUCAGCUGCCAAGUGGUGUAACCCAGGCUGACCACUGUGCCUCCUGGCCACAAGUCCCAUGGAUUCUCAACAAUCACAGGGUGCCCAAAGGAAAUACAACCCAUGGGCAUGCCAGGGCUACCUAGGGAGAGUGGUUAGGCAUUGACUGUGACAUUGCAAAGCCCACCUAGAAGCAAUUAACAUUGCUGAGAUUGUACCAUUGCUGAAAUGUAAAUGGUAGAACUGCAGUGAUUUUACCUACCCUGUUUACAGACUCCUGUUUUCCCAGGAGUCCUAGCCUGUGAGAUGAACUAUGAGGCUUCCUUACUUCUUUCCACGUGGCAAUGGCUAUCUGAAAUUUUGGUUUGAAAACCAGGAAACACUUGCCCCAAAGUCAGGCAAGGGACAAUGCUGAGACUUCAUACUGUGGAAACAAGGUAUCUAGCUGGAUGCAGCUGGUGAAUUCAGUCCCAUGGACCUUUGGGGUUUAUUUUUCUUAGCAGCUGACACCAUGUGUCUUUUGCAUCCCUGGUGGUGCUUGGUGCUUCUGCCCUUCUGGGCUCAAUGAGAAUAAGGAUUAUGAUAUGAUUUUAGGGACUCUCAGGUGGGCUGGUGUUCCCUGUGUCUGUAUGAGCUGUUACCAUAGUCAUGUGACGGGCAUCAUAAUAAACCUUCCAGGGCAUCUAUGCUGGCCUUCUUGAAAGGUCCCAGCAGGAUACUGCGUAGUUCUCCAGUGAAGUUGCCUUUGAUUAGAAUGUUUCUGAAGCAUUCAAAGUCUAGAAGUAGCUAAAGCUACAGACUCCCUUUCCUCAAUGCCGAGGGAGGUCACCUCUAGUGUUGUUUCCUCAGGGCAGAUGUCAGGCUUUUGGGAUUCUAGAAGAGAGAACUUCAGAUUUGAAAUUAGCCCAGAGUGGUUGAAGCUUCUAGGAAGGUUGGAAGGAGCAUGUGGAGUCCCCAAGCAAGGUGUCCCCUUGAAGUAGACAGAGCUACUUUCUCUGCAGCUCAUAGCUGACUAUUCCCAGGGAUGCUGGAUGUGUGUGGCCAUCGCUAAGAUAGGUGGCUUCAGAGACUACUCUGGUGGGGACCUGUGUGUCCCCAGGUGUGGGUGUAUGUUUUAAAAACAUGCAAUAGUCUCAUUACUUUAUAUUCAUAACACUUUACUUCUCUUUAAAGGCUGCUAGAAGGCAUGCCAAUGCCCCAAAUAGGAGAGCUGGCCCUGGUCUGCAGAUACAAGGAGAUUCUAUUAGAGAAAACUUUGAAAUUUCUGCCAUUUCAUACAUUCCCUUUAUGAUCCUAGUAAUUAUUAUUGGAAGGAAGGCUAGUCUUACUGGGUAGUAGCAAAGACACUUAUUUUUCCAUGUGCCACCCUUUUAUAUGUCACUAAUCAUUAGAAAAACACUUCCAGUUGGAAUUAAGUUUUGGUUUUGGUAAAAAGAUAAAAUAUUUUUAAUAGAUGAAUAUAUAUAUAUAUAUUUAAAUAUCCCCAUUCCCCUAGUUACUACCUUGAUUUUAAGUGUUCAUAGCAGUGGCAACCUUGUAGGCUGCAGGUGCAGUGUUGCUGCUAAUGAGUAUUGCAGACACUGGACUGGACUUUGGCUGUCCCUGUGCACCCCCAGUGAGACCCAGGGUGCUGGAGACAGUGUUGUUUCCUAUGCUUCCUGCUGAGCAGUGGUCCUUGGAGUAGAGCUUUGAAGCUAGAAAAACUACCAAAGUGCUGCAUGCAAGAUGCUCCCACAUCUAGUCACUAAACCUGAACACUUUAUUUCUAAAAACUUCCAUCUCAGUGCAUUACUGAAGCCCUUUGCAAGUACAGUUGUUGACUCGGAUUCCUAAAGAGUAAAGAGACAGGGAAAUAGAAUGGUUGGGAGGGUUGGUGCGCUAGAGUGAAAGAUACUAUUCCACAAAACAAAUACUUCUCACAUGUCACUGCAGUUCUCUUCACCCUGGAAUUUGCCCACACUCUGCUAUGUUCCUUUUGUAUAUGUGUUCUGCUUGUUUUGUUUUCUUAUUAAAGAGGAAAUUAUGAGGAACAGGAGGGUGAGUCUUUCUGAUGGGAAAUCAAGAAAUGUGUGCCAUUCCUCAAAAGGGUUUGGUAGCCCUUCUCCAGAGAGGAAACAUUCAUGAGCAGCUGAUUUUACCUGUUGGAAGAAGUCAUCCGGAUCUGAUGGCAUCUCUCUUCAGAGAUAAGACAAGUACAGAGUAGUCAAUGGGACACAGAACAACUCAAAUUCCACUUUCUUUCACCAGCUAUGUAAACUUUGGGUAAACCAUGUAGAGACUGUGUAUUUAUGAAACAGGAACACUGACCUGCCACAAGUCAGGGAUUAUUCAGCCAGCAACUGACCUCUCUUUCUUAGUUACUUCUUU